AUGGCCCCUCUGGUUACAGUUGCCACCUGUGCGCUCAAUCAGUGGAGCCUAGAUUUCGCUGGAAAUCUACGACGAAUCAAGCAAAGCAUCGUCAAGGCCAAAGAAGCUGGCGCAACCCUGCGUGUUGGGCCUGAGCUUGAGAUUCCUGGUUAUGGCUGCCUAGACCACUUCUUAGAGAAUGAGGUCUACGAGAACUCGUGGGACUCGGUGCAUUCCAUCUUAACCGAUCCGUCACUCCACGAUAUCAUCAUCGACGUUGGCCUCCCUCUUCUUCACCGGAACUGCAGAUACAAUGCCCGGGCCAUUAUUUUGAAUGGCCAAAUCUUGUGCCUUCGACCUAAGCUAUAUCUUGCUAAUGAUGGAAACUUUCGCGAAAUGCGCUUUUUCACCCCGUGGAACCGACCUAGACAUGUUGAGCAGUAUUACCUGCCACCGCAUAUACAAAAACUUCAAGGCAGGCGUCAGGUUCCGAUUGGAGAUGUCGUUCUCUCCACUAUCGACACUACCCUUGCCGCUGAGACAUGCGAGGAGCUCUUUACACCCAACAGCCCCCACAUCAAUAUGGGACUGAACGGUGUCGAAAUAUUUACAAACAGCAGCGGAAGUCAUCAUUCGCUACGCAAGCUAGACGAGCGCAUUGCUUUGAUUUCAGAGGCAACUCGCAAAAAUGGAGGCGUCUAUCUGUACUCUAAUCAACUCGGCUGCGAUGGCGAUAGGCUGUAUUACGAUGGCUGCGCCAUGAUAUUUGUCAAUGGCGAUAUCGUGGGGCAGUCAAGUCAAUUCUCGCUCAACGAAGUCGAAGUCGUCGUCGCAACCAUUGAUCUUGAGGUAGUGCGCGCUUAUAGGUUCGCUCCCUCACGGGGCCUCCAGGCUGUGGCGGCCCCGCCAUAUGAACGUAUCGAGCUAGAUUUCUCUUUAUCGCACGAUGAUAUUGAUCUACCGCAUUCAUGCACGCCUCGCAGACCACCGCGAUACCAUCUCCCAGAAGAGGAGAUUGCGCUUGGACCUGCUUGCUGGCUCUGGGAUUAUCUCCGACGUUCAAAAUCGGCUGGCUACUUUAUCCCGCUCUCAGGUGGUAUAGAUAGCUGUGCGACGGCUACUAUCGUCUAUUCGAUGUGCCGUCUGGUUAUUGCCGCGAUCAAGGAAGGCAAUGAGCAGGUGAUUGAAGAUACCAAACGCAUUGCCGCCUACUCUGAGAAACUUCCUGAAACCGCUGAAGAGCUUUGCAACCAGGUACUUUAUACUUGCUAUAUGGGAAUGACAAAUCAAAGUAGCAAAGAAACCCGUGAACGAGCACAAGCUCUGUCCGACCGCAUUGGAUCAUAUCACACAGAUGUGAAUAUUGCCGAUGUGUACAACUCGACGAGAAAUAUCUUGACUCAGGCCACUGGCUUUGAGCCCAAAUUCAAAGUUCAUGGCGGAUCCACCACAUCGAAUUUGGCUUUGCAAAAUAUACAGGCAAGGUCUCGCAUGGUAAUCGCCUAUUACUUUGCUCAGGAGUUAUGUGAAGUCAGAAAACGACCGGGAGGUGGUUCGCUAUUAGUCCUUGGAAGUUCGAACGUGGACGAAUGUUUACGUGGCUAUCUCACGAAAUACGACUGUUCAUCGGCGGAUAUUAAUCCUAUUGGAUCGAUUAGCAAAGUUGAUCUCAAACGCUUUAUCUCCUGGGCUUCGACAAAUUUUGAUAUGCCUAUUCUGAAGGACUUUAUUGAUGCCACACCCACAGCUGAACUUGAACCAAUAACGUCCGAUCAUACGCAAUCCGACGAGGUUGACAUGCAGAUGACCUACGCAGAGCUUUCCCGAUUUGGUACGUUAAGGAAGGUAAAUCAUCUUGGUCCAUAUGGAAUGUUUCUGCGUCUUCUAGAGGAGUGGGGUGGCGAGGGGAAGCUGAGUCCACGCGAGAUUGCGGACAAAGUGAAGAAGUUUUUCCACUUUUACCAGAUUAAUCGCCACAAGCAGACCGUUGCUACGCCGGCAUACCAUGCGGAAAGCUACAGCCCUGAUGACCAUAGAUUUGACCUCCGGCCUUUCCUUUACCCGCCGGCUUUUCAGAGCUGGUCGUUCGAGAAGAUUGACAAGAGAGUUGAGGCUUUAGAGAAAAGGGGCCAGGGGAAGUAA